GAAGCUUGCCAUGUUGUCUCCGGACGUCGCGUAAACAAAAACAUCAAAAGACGAUUUCUCUCAAUUUUUCCCAAUAAAAAAGGUAUUGAGCCACCGGAAGUGAUAGUAUCUUGUAGAAAAAAAUCUGUUUAGUGUCCUGGAAAAGUGAAAAGUGAGAUGGAGUGUCUGAAUAUCCUAGAAAGGUGCCGAGGGUGUCAAAUCAAGACUCAGAAGGAGUCUCAGAUAUUUAUCUUUGCCACCCACAAUCUCUCGGAUAUUUUCCAAGAAACCACAUCCCUGGAUAUUCACCAGAAUGAUGGACUGCCCGAAGUUCUCUGUUUUAAUUGCUACAAUCGCCUUCUGGAGGCUUACAAUUUCCGCCAAAUGUGCACCACCACUGCCCUCCAUUUCCAGCAAAUCCUUGCUCUGGGUGUCCCUGAGCAAAAAUACACACCUCCCGAGGUGCUAUGUGAUCCCUUGAUGGUCACAAAGUCCGAUCCGGACGAUGACGAUAUGUCAAAUUUUUCCAAUACAGAAAGUCCUCCGGAAGAGAAAUAUUCUCCUCCAGAGAACAAAUACACUCCUCCCGAGGCUUCUGAAUCUUCUUCUCUGGCCAAGGAUAAUGAGCCAAUAAAAGAGGAUGAGACAGAGCCAGAUUAUGUCUUACCGAAGAAGAGAGGGAGGAAGCCUGGCAAGAAGCUGGGAGAGAAUUCAGAAAAGCCCUACAGAUCUCACAAAAAGAAGAAACCUCUUCUUCCUGGGGAGGUUGAGAAGCCCGUUAAACGGCAGGGCCAACUAACUCUGGAAUGCCACCUUUGUAAUACGAAAUUCCGUAUGAAGGAAUGGCUGGAGGCACACAUGAGAGUUAAGCAUCAGGGAAUGAAAAAAGCCACUCAAUGUAAGGUGUGCUUGAAGGAAUUUACCCAAGUUGAUUAUCUAAGGAUGCACAUGGCAACGCAGCAUGGGAAAACAUAUGCUUUUCCAUGCAAAGAGCCAAAUUGUAAAAAGCAAUAUGUAACUGAAGAAGGUUUGCAGAAUCACAUGAAGUCCUGGCAUGAUCCGGAGAAUCCUAAGGAACGGAAACGGGUGAAAACUUAUAACUACGUGUGUGAAUUAUGUGGAAAAGCUUUUGAGUGUCCAGCCUACCUCAAGAAGCAUAGUUAUUCUCAUGGAGGUGAAAGACCUUUUGCGUGCAGCCAAUGUCCAAGACGAUUUUACACGAAAAACCAGAUAAGUGUACAUAUUUUGCGUCAUGAGGGGAUUAAAAAUCAUGUUUGCACAAUUUGUGGACUUCGGACGGUAACAGCGAGUGCACUGAGAAUUCACGUGAAUUCUCAUACAAAGGAUAAUCUCUGGCCCUGUGAAUUUUGUGAUUUCAAAUCCACAACUCAAGCAGGUAGAAAACACCAUGUAAAGGCAGUUCAUCGGGGUGAGAAGAAAUAUGAAUGUGCACACUGCAAUAAAUCUUUUGGUCAUUUAAAGACCCUGAGGAAUCAUGAAAGGAUCCAUACAGGAGAAAAACCUUAUGCUUGCAACGUAUGUGGGAAGAGAUUUAUCCAACUAACUGCUUUGAAUUAUCACAAGAAGAUGCAUUUGAAUACCUGAAUGCAAAUUAUUUCUUUCAAUUUUUUUUAAUCAGUGGAAUUUUUGACUGUAAUUAAUUGUCAAUCCGUCCUCUUUGGAUGAAGAUUCUUUAAUCUAAUUUCCAAAACUGAGUCAGACCUCGUCAUUUUCGAUGCGAAUUAUUGAAUAAAUUGUGAUAUUCUUUUGAAAAAA